AUGAUCAGCUUCAUCAAUCAAAUGAACCGCAGAUAUGGCCCGGGUGUACUGGUUCCUUUGUUGCUUGGCCGGUAUAGAAACCCAAGGGAAGAAGAAAGAAUUUUCCUCUUCAUGGACUUAAAAUCAUCUACUUCUAUUGCUGAAAAUUUGGGGCACAUUCAGUAUAGCGCAUUUAUCAGGGAUGCAUUCAGCGAUAUCAACCAGGACAUUGCUGAAUACAACGCUCAGAUUUACCAGUAUGUGGGCGAUGAAAUUGUUCUUACCUGGCAUACAAGAGAAGGAUUAAGAAAUUUUAGCUGUAUUCGAUUUUUCUUUGCCUGUGAAAAACGGCUACAUGGAAGAUCACAAUACUAUCAGCAACAUUAUGGUUGGAUACCAGAAUUUAAGGCAGGCCUUCAUGAGGGCAAAGUCACAGCUGUGGAAAUUGGCGAAAUUAAGCUCGAAGUCGCUUACCAUGGCGACACAAUCAACACGACGGCAAGAAUCCAAAGUGUUUGUAACGACUAUGGUAAAACGCUGCUGGUUUCUGAAAACCUCCUGCAAAAAUUAACCACGCUGGGAGAUGGCUUUGAAUCGGAACCAUUGGGGGCUAUCCAACUCAAAGGGAAGGCAGAAGAUAUUACGAUAUACUCGGCCUACUACCAUCUCCAAUCCCAAUAUGAAGAUCACUACCGACCCAGUAAUCCUGAGCUGGACAUCGAUUGA